AGGGGUAGCGAGCGUGAGGCGGUGGCGGCCAUUUUAUCUCGGGCGCCGGAGCGGGCGGAGGGGAGCCGCCUGCAAAUACCCACCCACCCCGCCCUGCUCAGCCCAUCCCAACUCCCUGCCCCAGCGCGGCCCGGAGGCCUGGCUACCGGCUCCUUCGAUUCUCUCACCCCGAAGAUGGCUGCGCAGUCGGCGCCGAAGGUUGUGCUAAAGAGCACCACCAAGAUGUCUCUGAACGAGCGCUUUACUAAUAUGCUGAAGAACAAACAGCCGAUGCCGGUGAAUAUUCGGGCAACCAUGCAGCAGCAGCAGCAGCUAGCCAGUGCCAGAAACAGAAGACUGGCCCAGCAGAUGGAGAAUAGACCUUCUGUCCAAGCUGCCUUGAAACUUAAACAGAAGAGCUUAAAGCAGCGUCUGGGUAAAAGUAAUAUUCAAGCACGAUUAGGCCGGCCAGCAGGACCCCUCGCUCGCGGUGCCAUGGGAGGAAGAGGGCUGUCUAUGGGUCAGAGAGGCUUGCCACGCGGAGCCAUGCGUGGCGGACGUGGAGCAAGAGGAUUGCUGAGAGGAGGCAUCCCCCUCAGAGGUGGGAGUUUACUUCGGGGAGGAUGUGGGGUUUCCCCUAGAAUGGGCCUGAGAAGAGGUGGCAUCAGAGGUCGUGGUGGACCUGGGAGAGGAGGCCUGGGCAGAGGAGCUAUGGGUCGUGGAGGAAUUGGUGGCAGAGGUCGUGGCAUGGCAGGCCGGGGACGAGGGGGCUUUGGUGGCCGGGGCAGAGGCCGAGGCCGAGGAAGAGGAUCCACACGCCCUGCGCUAACCAAGGAACAACUGGACAACCAAUUAGAUGCUUACAUGUCUAAAACAAAAGGACACCUCGAUGCCGAGCUGGAUGCGUACAUGGCUCAGACAGAUCCAGAGACCAACGACUGAAGGGCCGUGUGAGAGACUUGUUGAUGUGUAUGUCACUACCCAUAAGCUAAAAACGGAAACCCUGAUUCCUGCUGGAAGGAGCUGCAGGAAGGGGGGCAGCCCUGUCCUACCAAGAGAUCCAAUUUUAGUGUGCUCCUUUUACAUUUUGAUACUCUGUGUUGUAUGAAACCUUUUCCGGAUUGUUUUUUUUUUUUAUACAUAUAUAUAUAUAUUUCUUUUCCGAAGUCCUCUGAACAUGAAUGUGACAGACCUGCAGUCAUCCACUAGAUCCAGUGCCGGGGAUGCUCAGCCUGCCAGCCAACACUGGCGCGCACUGUUCCUCAGUGCUCGUGAGGGGGGAAGUGCUGUACAUCUGCUGUGACGCAUGCUUUUUAGGGGAAGUGCUCCCUGGUGCUGAACACAGCCUGCGGGAUCCCAUGGUUAUGUGCCUCGUCCACUUGAUGGUUCUGUUCAGGGUCAGAGUCAAUCCUUUAGUGUGGCUCAAGUGGGAAACUUUCUUGACAUUUGCCAUUUUGUCUUUUUUUUUUUUAAUUGCAAUAACCCACCAAAGGUACCAAAAUUCAUCCUCCCCUGUGCCUGUCACACCAGUCCAAUCCAGGCUUAAGGAUGUAGUGCUCGUCUCUAUUUCAUGAUUUCAUUUUGUAUCAAAACUCUUCUCCUAUCCCCCCCUUCUUCCCCAGCUAUCUACUUGAUUGCUGGGGUUCUAUUACUGACAGCACAGAGGACUGACUUUUCUUUUUCUUCCUUUUUUUUUAAUUUGGGGUAUAGUUUGAAUUUCUCUUCUAUCAUGCCUGAAGGGACAGCACUACUGGUUUCUACAUACCAGAACCUAGAAGAAGACCUAGUUUGUGUAUUAAGGAUGUUGAAGCAGGUCCAUGCACGGCACCUAUGAAAGGAAAUCAUGGUAGAACCAUCUUGGAAACACUGGGUCCAUAGUUGGUUGGAGUGACAAGUGUAACCAAAACUAAGCUUUCGGUCCAGGCUGACUCCAGCGCCUCCUGGGCACAUUUUGAGAAUGGGGUUGGUUUUAGAUGUUGAGAACGGAUUUGUUCUCCCCCUCCUCCCCCCGAAGUUUUAAUUUACCACCAUUGUGUGAACUGUUCCAGUUUCAAUGGAAUCUUGUAUUUCUGGUUCGUUGUAACAAUGGAGAAACAAUGACAAAAAUC